AUGUCUUUAAGAAGAGCAUCUGAUGCACCAGUCACAUGUGUUACUGUGAAGCCUACAGAUGUUUCGACUCAGAAUAGCACCCGACCUCUUCCAAAGGCUCCAUCUUCUAAUGCUUCUACUGUAAUGUCUGACAGAAAGGAGCCCACAACCCCCGCCAAAGCUCCAGGUGAUCCACCUAGGUCAUUUCCUUUUCAGUUUGGUACAAUAAGUCCAGGUUUCAUGAAUGGAAUGCAGAUACCUGCCCGAACUAGUUCAGCCCCCCCAAAUUUGGAUGAGCAGAAACGUGACCAGGCUCGCCAUGAUUCUGUAAGAGCUGGGCCCACAUUUCCAAUUCCAUCCAUUCCCAAGCAGCAGUUGCCCAGGAAGGAUGGAGGACCUGUUGAUCAAUCUAAUACUGGUCAGGCUCAUCCAAUGCCUAAGGCCAAAAAGGAUGUGCAAGUUUCAGCUGCACCCCACGUGAGCCAAACUCAGAAACCAUCUGUACAUCCUAUUCCUGGGAUUUCUAUGCCAAUGCCGUUUCAUCAGCCACAGGUUCCCAUUCAAUUUGGUGGCCCGAACCCACAAAUUCAGUCUCAGCGCAUGACAGGUACUUCAUUGCCGAUGCCAAUGCCGAUGCCUUUGCCAAUGGGUAAUCCACCUCAGGUGCAGCAGCCGGUAUUUGUUACAGGUCUUCAACCCCAUCCAAUGCAGUCUCAGGGAAUUUUCCAUCAGGGCCAGAGCUUGACUUUCUCAUCUCAGUUGGGUCCUCAGCUGCCUCCUCAGUUGGGCAAUUUGGGAAUUAACAGCACUCCACAAUUCUCUCAACAGCAAGCGGGCAAAUUUGGUGGUCCUCGUAAAACUGUCAAGAUUACUGAUCCAGUCACUCAUAAAGAGUUUAGACUUGAUGAGUUAUCAGGCCAGAGGUCACAUCCUAGUGUGCCACCUCAAUCCCAGCCUACUCCUUCCUUUUCACCUGCUCUUCCAAUUAAUUAUUAUCCUAAUACAUACAAUUCCAGUUCUCUUCCUCUGACUAACAUAACUUCCAGUUCUCAGGCACCAAAGUUUUAUAAUCAGGUGACUGUAAAACCAGCAGCUGCUGGACGUGGAGAAAAGGUUGUUGACUCAUCACCUUCAGUAAGCUCAUCUGCUGUUGGAACGAGUGAGUCUCCUAAACUGCUGAAGGUACAAGGGGAAGCAAGCCCAAGUUAUCCUCAUCGGGAUUCUGAGACUUUACCUCAAAGCUCUUUACAGCAAUCAAAAUCCAGUACCGAAACAAAGUCUACAUCAAUACAUGUGGCAAGUGAACAGUCUGUUGUUUUAUCUGGUUCUGUUUCUGUUGAGAUCCCUUUACCCAGCUCUUUGUCUCCUCCUCCUGGUCUUGUCGAGUAUUCUGCAUCAGGACAAACCAGUGGUACUGGUGGGGCACGAAGGGAAAUGGUUAUGUCUGACUCAAUUAAAGAUCCGCCAAACAAAUCUGACAACGAAGGACAUUCCCUCCCGCAGAAUCAGGUUGGACAGUCUACUUCUGUUUCGAGCUUGCCUUCUCAGUCUUUCAAAGAUACUACUCCUGAGUGUGGAAUUCCUGAAAAAGUAGAAGCUAAAACAACUCUUGCUUCAUCUGGAACACGUGGGAAUGUCUUGGAAACUGACGGGGGCCCACCAGCAGCUAUUGGUGUUGCCACUCCUGAUGCUUCUAAUGCGAGAAAUAAUCAUGCUGGGGAAGGCACAUGUGAGUUAUCAAAAAAUUUUGGUGCUGGAACCAAAGUUGAUACUUCUUUGAAUUGUGAACAACCAAAACUUGAAACUGUGGGAACCAAAGAACAGGAACGAGAUGCUAACAGUUUUGAGACAAGUUCAGAAUCUGUUUCCAUUGGGCCUUCGGAAGUUGCUACUCAAAUAGAACAGAGAGCUGUUCAGGGGGUAGCAACUGCUGGCUUUGAGGUUGGAUCCACAGAAACUGCACAGAGAAAGCUGAAAGAAUCUGUAGGCCAUCCCACAGAAAAGUCCACCUCUACAGUGCAGGAUGCCCUAAAUGCAAAACUUUCCCCAUCAGGUCUUGGUUUGCUUACAAUUUCCCAGGGUGAUGAGACUUCAUCCUUGGAUGCUCCUUUGACCAGAAAUAAUAGCAUUUGUAGUGAAGAAGUUGCUGGAACAAAAUCAGGAGAUCAGCAGUCACUUCCUGUUUCAAUUCCAUCCCUUUCAGAAGCAAUUUUGAAUUGUGAAGGCGAAGACACUGAGCAAAUAGGAUCUGACGUGGAUUCUUUUUCAGGUUCCAGUUUAAAUGAUAAACUCUCGCUGGAGUCUAAUAGGGCAAAGAGUAGUGUCGCUAGUGCAAAAAAGAAGAGAAGAGAAAUGCUACUAAAAGCUGAUGCUGCUGGUAUAACUUCUGAUCUUUAUAUGGCAUACAAGGGUCCAGAAGAAAAGAAAGAAAUUGUCACCUCUGCAGAAAGCAUGGGAAGCAGUUCCGGUAUUAGUUUGAAACAGCUAUAUGGUGAUGCUUCUCAGGAAGAUGAUGUAUUUUGUGAAAGAGUUGAUCAGAGUAAAACUGAGCCUGAUGACUGGGAAGAUGCUGCAGACAUCUCGACUCCGAAAUUGGAAACUUCUGGUAAUGGGAAGAAUGAUCACGGAGGAUUAAAACAUCAUGGUGAAGAUGAAGUUGGAGUAAUGGCCAAAAAGUACUCUAGGGAUUUCCUACUGAAAUUCGCGGAGCAAUGUAUUGGCCUUCCAGAUGGUUUUAAAUUUAUAUCUGAUAUAGCUGAGGGCUUUAUGGUUUCUAAUUUUAAUGUUCCUCGUGAUACAUAUCCUACUCCUGGAAGAGUUAUUGAUAGGCCAACAGGGGGAUUUCGCCUGGACCGUCGUGGGAGUGGCAUGGGGGAUGAUGACAAAUGGGGUAAACUACCCAGCCCACUUGCAUCAGGACGGGAUAUGCGGCUGGAUGUUGGUUAUGGGGCAAAUGUAGUAGGGUUUAGGCCUGGCCAAGGGGGGAAUUAUGGUGUUCUUAGGAACCCUCGUGCACAGACUCCCGUUCAGUAUGUCGGGGGCAUCCUAUCUGGGCCAAUGCAGUCCCUGGGUUCUCAGGGAGGUGUGCAACGAAAUGGCCCUGAAUCUGACAGGUGGCAGCGUGCAACCGCUUUUCAGAAGGGUUUAAUACCAUCUCCUCAUGCUACGUCACAGGUAAUGCACAAAGCUGAGAAGAAGUAUGAAGUGGGUAAAGUAACUGAUGAGGAACAGGCCAAGCAAAGGCAGUUGAAAGGCAUCCUAAACAAGCUAACUCCCCAAAACUUUGAAAAAUUAUUUGAGCAAGUUAAACAAGUAAACAUUGACAAUGCCACCACCCUCACUGGAGUGAUCUCACAAAUAUUUGAUAAAGCUUUAACCGAACCAACGUUUUGUGAGAUGUAUGCUAACUUCUGUUCUCACCUUGCUGGAGAGUUGCCUGAUUUGAGUGUAGGCAGUGAAAAGAUUACAUUUAAGAGAUUACUUCUGAACAAUUGCCAGGAAGAAUUUGAGAGAGGAGAAAGAGAGCAAGAAGAAGCUAACAAAGCUGAGGAAGAAGGUGAGGCCAAACAGUCUGUAGAGGAAAGAGAGGAAAAGAGAACUCAGGCACGAAGACGGAUGUUGGGUAAUAUCAGACUAAUUGGUGAGUUGUACAAGAAGAAGAUGUUGACGGAGAGAAUUAUGCAUGAAUGUAUAAAGAAGUUGUUGGGUCAGCCUGAGAAUCCUGAUGAGGAAGAUGUGGAAGCAUUAUGCAAGUUAAUGAGCACAAUUGGGGAGAUGAUUGAUCAUCCUAGAGCCAAGGAACACAUAGAUGUAUAUUUUGAUGGGAUGGCUAAAUUAUCAAACAACAUGAAAUUGUCUGCUAGGGUGAGGUUUAUGUUGAAGGAUUCAAUUGAUCUGAGGAAGAAUAAGUGGCAGCAGAGGAGGAAAGUUGAAGGGCCGAAAAAGAUCGAGGAAGUGCACAGGGAUGCCGCUCAAGAACGGCAGGCUCAGGUUAGCAGGCUUGCUCGUGGUCCAAGCAUCAGCUCUUCAGUCAGAAGGGGUCAACCUAUGGACUUUGGUCCGAGAGGGCCAAAUAUGUUACCCUCUUCAAGUGCUCAGUUUGGGGGUUUUCGUGGGGCAUCUCCACAGCUCCGUGGUUAUGGUGCUCAAGAUGUUCGUUUUGAGGAUAGACAUUCUUUUGAGAAUAGGACCUUGUCGGUUCCCCUACCUCAAAGACCAAUUGGUGAUGAUUCUAUUACCCUUGGGCCCCAAGGUGGUCUUGCCAGGGGGAUGUCCAUUAGAGGACAGCCAUCAGUACCAAGCACUCCAUUAGCUGAUAUGCCAAGUCCUGGAGACUCCAGAAGAAUGACAGGUGGGGUGAACGGUUACAAUUCUGCAUCAGAGCGGACAGCUUACAGCUCAAGGGAGGAUCUCAUUCAGAGAUACGUCCCAGAAAAGGGUGCCAGUCUGUCUGCCUAUGACACUCAAGAGAGAAAUAUGAAUUAUGGGAGCAGGGAUAUAAAGAAUGCAGAUCAUAACUUCGAUAGAUCUCUGCCAACUUCACCGCCCACACGAGGUCUGGGACCAGCUUUCACGCAAAAUGCUUUGUCAGAAAAGGUGUUUUCUAAAGAACGUUUGCAAGACAUGUCCAUGGCAGCAAUUAAAGAGUUUUACAGCGCGAAAGAUGAGAAGGAAGUUGCUCAAUGUGUUAAAGAUUUGAAUGCGCCCAGCUUUUAUCCCUCGAUGAUAUCUCUCUGGGUCACUGAUUCUUUUGAGAGGAAGGACAUGGAAAGAGAUCUUUUGGCUAAGCUGCUUAUUGAUCUUGCAAAUUCUCAAGAUGUAAUGAUUAGUCAAGAUCAGCUAGUUAAAGGGUUUGAAUCUGUUCUAACUACUUUGGAGGAUGCUGUAAAUGAUGCCCCGAGAGCAGCUGAGUUUCUGGGUUCUAUAUUUGCCAAAGUGAUAUUGGGAAACGUAAUUCCAUUUACAGAAAUAGGUCAGUUAAUAUAUGAAGGUGGGGAAGAGCAAGGACGUCUCGUGGAAAUAGGGCUUGCUGCUGAACUUCUGGGAAGCAUAUUGGAGAUAAUUGAAUCAGAAAAAGGAGAUUCUGCCUUGAAUGAGAUCUGUACAAGCUCCAAUCUACGGCUAGAGAAUUUCCGGCCUCCAGGUUCUAACAAAACUUGGAGACUAGAUAAGUUUAUGUAG